AGCAAGCGGGAAGUUACUUAGCUUGGUUCCGGGUUUCUCGCGCCCCGCCCGCCCUGCCUACCACAGCUACAUGUUCUUGGUCCGUCGGUAGGUCUGUCCUGCGGAGAGCAGAACCCGUCCAUCAGUCCCAGCUGGGCCCGCCCGCUGCGCAUCUGCCCUUCUCUGCUGACUCCGCCCCGCAUCUGUCCGGACCCGCCUCGCGUCUGAGCUGACCCACUGCGCGUCUGCCACUCAGUCCCUCCGGACCUGCUGCGAGCCUCAGGCUUCCGAAAUCACCGCGCCUCACUCGCCUCGACAGUGAUUCUGAGUCUGCUUUUAGCUUUCCUUCGCCUUGGCUUUUUCUGUUCGUGAACAGCUGUUUGGCCCAUAGCUUAGAGAAAGCAGCCUUUUUUUCCCCCCUCUCCUAAGAGAACCUCCUCCCUGUGCUCAGAGAAAUGGGGAGCGGGGAGCCUAUUCCUGCUGGCAAAAAAAAGAAGUAUCUCAAGGCCGCCCUGUACGUGGGUGACUUGGAUCCAGAUGUCACCGAGGACAUGCUCUAUAAGAAGUUCAGGCCUGCUGGCCCUUUGCGCUUUACCCGAAUCUGCCGUGACCCGGUGACCCGCAGCCCUCUGGGCUAUGGCUAUGUUAACUUCCGUUUUCCCGCGGAUGCUGAGUGGGCCCUGAACACAAUGAAUUUUGAUUUGAUUAACGGCAAACCAUUCCGUCUCAUGUGGUCUCAGCCCGAUGACCGCUUAAGAAAGUCUGGAGUUGGAAAUAUAUUCAUCAAAAACUUAGAUAAAUCUAUAGACAAUAGGGCCCUGUUUUACUUAUUUUCUGCUUUUGGGAACAUUCUGUCCUGCAAAGUCGUAUGUGAUGACAAUGGCUCUAAAGGUUAUGCCUAUGUGCACUUUGACAGCCUGGCCGCUGCCAAUAGGGCCAUCUGGCACAUGAAUGGAGUCCGGCUCAACAACCGCCAGGUGUAUGUUGGCAGAUUCAAAUUCCCAGAAGAGCGGGCAGCUGAGGUCAGAACCAGGGAUAGAACAACUUUCACCAAUGUUUUCGUUAAAAACUUUGGGGAUGACAUGGAUGACGAAAAACUGAAGGAACUUUUCAGUGAAUAUGGGCCAACGGAGAGUGUUAAGGUAAUAAGAGAUGCCAGUGGGAAAUCUAAAGGCUUUGGAUUUGUGAGAUAUGAGACACACGAGGCUGCCCAAAAGGCUGUGCUAGACCUGCAUGGAAAAUCCAUUGAUGGCAAAGUCUUAUAUGUAGGACGAGCACAGAAGAAAAUUGAACGCCUGGCUGAGUUGAGGCGGAGAUUUGAAAGACUGAGAUUAAAAGAAAAAAGUCGGCCCCCAGUGGUACCUGUCUACAUUAAGAACCUGGAUGAGACCAUCAAUGAUGAAAAACUGAAGGAGGAAUUUUCUUCCUUUGGAUCAAUUAGCCGGGCCAAAGUGAUGAUGGAAGUGGGGCAGGGAAAAGGGUUUGGUGUUGUCUGCUUCUCCUCUUUUGAAGAGGCUACCAAAGCAGUAGAUGAGAUGAAUGGUCGUAUAGUGGGCUCCAAGCCCCUUCAUGUCACCCUGGGUCAAGCCAGGUGCAGGUGGUGAGAAUAAGAAUGCUCGAUUUGUUUCAGCCUUAGUUGGUGCCUACUUAGUUUGGGCUCCUUUGUGAUAAGGGGUUAUUAUAUGCCAAUUCACAGGUCUUUUUAAGUGAAUGCUUUCUUUUGGGGAAAAAAAAGUGAAACUAGAAAACGUUGUUCAUUUUAGUGAAGAACAUAAUUUCUAAUUGUAAAAUUGUCAUUUUGUACUAUUUUUUGAUAUAAUACCCUUAGAAUAUGUAGAAUAAAGUUUAUUUGUUCACAUUUUUUCCUGAACAGUCAAGGUGAAGCAAUUGAUUGAAUACAUGUCCCCUCUUAUUUCAAUAAUACUCAAGUUAAUCUCUGUCAUGGAAAUAUUCUCAACGUGGUUCUUACUUCUGAAUCUAUUACAGUGAAAACUUCUAACUUACUUUUUGAGAAAUGAAUAAAGCAGGGGAAAAUGUAUGUGAUCCAGUUAACAUCUGUAUAUAAUUUCACUUUAACUUAUUAUUGAAAAUGAAUAAUCUUUUCAAAAAAGAUAUGUUCCUUUUCUUCCCUUUAUUUUUUUUUAUAUCUUUGUUUCUUUUUAAAAAUGUGUUAUGAACAUGCCAUACACUUGGUAGUAGUGGCUUUGACUAAGUGUUGGGAGUGGUCUUUGUUAACUUCAUGCUCCAAGAAAUAAGCAUAUUGAUGUUUUCUCAAUCAGUACCUUAGAAAAGUAAUACUUUAGGCCAUGAUUAUUUAGAUUAUAGGUUAUGUUUUAAAUUUUUUUCCUGAGAGAUUUGCUAUUUGAGGACACUUUAAGUACCACUUCUACCACUCAUUUUUCUGAAUUCUUUAGUACAUAUACUUGGAUCACAUUAAAUUAACAAGAAAGAUGAAUACCUGCACUAAAUUACAUUUACCUACAGAUAAUUUAAUAUUUUACCUUCAGCUUUUAUCAAGUGUCAGUAUAAAAGGUAAAUACUUCAUAGAUGAUGUUGAAAAACUAAUUUGAAGAACAUCUGUUAAGCUUGUUAUCUUUUUUUGUAAAUUCUUGAAUGUAUCCAUGUGACAACAGUCACAGAUGUUUCAAAGUUAAAGAACAAGUUGUCUCUUAAGUCCUAUGCCUCCACCCAUUAUAAGAGAACUGUUAACCCAGUGAGGUUCUUUUUAUGUCUUGGCUGCUUGCAAAAUCAGGAAAAAAAAAUCUUCUAUUUAAUAUUGCAGCCACAUUAAUUAACCUAUAAUUUCUAGUUUACAGAAUUUCAACAUUUCACCUACAGGUCCCUUUUCUCCUCACUCUCUGCCUUCCAUCCAUAUUAUACUUAUCUUUAUAUUUUUUGUAUUGCCUUUCUUUUAAUAUAUACCAGUACAAGUCCAUUUUGGAGGUAGAGAGAUACCUAAUUUAUGUAAAAUUUAAAUAAUUACUUUUUAAAAACAUGAUUUAUUCAUACCACAGUUUCAACCAUAGGAAAAUGUUCUGUCUCUAUUGUUGGUUUUUAUUACUUUAUAUACAAAUUUUUGUUUUUAUACAUAAUAUAAUAUACAUGUAUAAAGCUGUUAGCACUUUUAUUAUCGCUUUGACCACAAAAUAAUGAGAAUAAGCAAUUUCUAUGUUAUUGUUUAUCUACAAAUUACAUGUAUGUUCAUUACCAAACAUUUUCAAAAUAAAAAUAACUGUUAACUGCUUAUAUUGUUUGUAAACAUAAUACAUGCUCAUUGUAAAACUGUACACAAUGCAGAAGGGAAUAAAAUUCCCACAGUUAAGAGAUAACCACUAUUAGUAUUUGUAGUGUGUGCAUAUUCUUCCAUAUCUUUUUUCCUAUGUAUACACACUUUUACCAAAACCCCAUACUAUAUGAACAGUUUUGUAUUUUUUUUAAUUUUAAACUGAACCAUAAUCAUUUCAUGCUAAUAAAUAUUGAUCUAUAUCAUCA